CGCGUGGAGGGACCCGGCACUGCAGGACCUGUAUGCGCCGUUCGUGAUGCAGUCGCCCACCCGCCACGUGGACCGGCAAGGUGCGGGCAUGUGGUUUGGUAUGGGGCACUUUGCCAUGAAGAAUUUCUUUGGUAUUUUGCACUGGCGCCUUGCGAUGCGGUUGUCCAUCUGGGGCAUAUUAGGAUUCGUCAUCCCCGGCGCCACGUACGCACUCCGCAUGCAUCGCAACGGAUGGGAGUGGAAGAAUCGCGGUGCCGUCUUUGCGAUGGAUUGA